AUGUCGUCUAAACUCGAACGACCAUCAUCACUUCAUGAUUUAAUUGAUGAUAUUAUUGAACCAUCAUCAUCAUCAUCAUUAUCUAAUCCAAUAUCUUCACUUUUAAGAAAUAGUUCAAAAACAUUACAAAAUCGAAAUUAUUCAAGUUAUUCAAGUAUACCAUCAUUAUAUGAUAGAUCAAAAUUUGAACAAACAAAUAAUUCAUUAUUAACAUUAACAAAUGAACUUCGUGAUCGUGCUCAUAUAACAUUACCACGUUCAAAUUCAUCAAUAAUUACGAUGAAUAAUGAUGAUCGACGUAAAGAAAUUGAUCUUAUUAUAAAACAUUUAAAUGAUGGAAAAUUAUUAACACCGAUUAAUGAUGAUCAUGCUGUAUCGGAUGUUUCAGAUCCAUCAAUGCAUAUUUUAAGUAAAGGACCAAUAACAACAACAACAACACCAAUAGUCAAAAAUGAUGAGGAAAACAAUAAUAAUGUUAGAAAUAUUGAUUUCCUACCACUUGAUAGUGAUACUUCAACACUUCAACGAGAAUUACAAGAAAAAGAACUUGAUAUAAUUCAUUUACAUAAAGAAAUUCAAGAAUUACAACUUGAAAAUAAAUUAAUUAAAGCAAAAUCACCAACUGUUUAUUCAAAUGGUUAUGCAAGUAAUAAUAGUGAAACAGAAGCACUUCGUCGUGAAAAAGAUGUUUUACAAAAUGAAUUGCAUACAUCACAAGAAUUAGUUACAAAAUUUCAACAACAACAAUAUCAAAAUGUCAUCACUGGUCGUUCGAAUAAUAUCAAUGAAAUCCCUUUACAACAAAAAGAGGCAUUUGAAAAAAAAUUAAGUUCGUAUUUGUUGUUAUUUUAUUGUAUAAAAAUUCAUCUGUUUAAAGAAUUUUAUGAAAAACAAAUGCGUACAUUGACAGAUGAAAAUGAGAAAUUAAAACAAACUUUGCAUCAAACUGAACGAAUCAUUGCACAAUAUAAACGAGACAAUGAAGAACUACAACAAAAAGUAACUGAAGCUAAAAAACGUAAUGAUGAAUUAUUUUUUCAAGAAUUUAAUUCAUUUCGAAAUGAUUUAAAAAUGCUUAAACAACGAAAUAAGGAAUUAUUUGAACAAAAUCUUUAUCGUUAUAUUUCACCAAUCAGACCAUUGAAAAUGACACAAAUUAGUCAGAUUUUAAGAAUUUUUAUAUUAAUUUUACUUUGUAUUAUCAAAUCAACUCAUCAAACUGUUUAUUCAUGUAAUGCAAGUGCAUCAUGUGGUUGUUCAAGAAAUUCUGCAAUAGUAAGUCGUAUUGUUGGUGGAGAAUCUGCUAGUUCAGCUACAUGGGGUUCGGCUGUCUCGAUUUCUAUUGCUGGUAGAUAUCUUUGUGGUGGAUCAAUCAUAUCAAUUUCAUGGGUUAUCACAGCAGCACAUUGCGCAGAAGAUUUCAUAGCAUCCCAAUUUAUUAUCUAUGCUGGAUCAAAUACUCGAUUUUCUGGUACUCAAACUCGAACUGUAUCAAAUGUUAUUGUCCAUUCGCAAUAUAACUCAAUAACAUAUGAGAAUGAUAUUGCUUUGUUGCAUCUGUCCUCUCCGUUGACCAUGAGUGAUCCUUAUGUGAGUUUGAUUUGUUUACCAUCAAUUAGUCAGGCAAUACUAUCUGCUGGUGAAUGGCCAUCAGCUGGAACAAAUGUUGUAGCUGUUGGAUGGGGUACAUUAUGGGAAGGUGGUUCUGUAUCAUCAACACUUCAGCAAGUUACUUUGCAAACAGUAGAUUAUCGAGCAUCGACUUGCAAUGAAACAAUGCACAAUAGAUACGUUCAGUUGUGUGCUGGUGUAUCAGGUGGUGGCAAAGGUAUAUUAGUUUAA